AUGCCAGCUAUUCGGGUACGUUGGGGUUCAAUCUCUCCAUAUUUUUUAGGAACCCACGCUCUACGCCAUCAAGGCCAUCCUAAUAUUAGACAGCGACGGGAAACGAAUUUUAGCCAAGGUUUGAUGUUACUUUUCACUGACGCAUAAAGUAUUACGACAACACAUUUCCGACGUUGAAGUCUCAGUUGGAUUUCGAAAAAAAGCUCUUUAGCAAGACAAACAAAACUUCGUAUGGUUGGUUCGCACGCUCGACUUUAUUGUAGCUGAAAUAACUUUGUUUGAGGGCGCAAACUGCGUUCAUAGAAGUUCAGCUGACGUAUUUUUCUACGUUAUUGGAGACGCCAACGAAAAUGAGGUUUGACACCCAAGAUAAUCAUUUUUCAGCUUAUAUUAAUGAGCGCCCUUACCUGCCUCCACGACUCUAUUAGUCAUAUUCUGCGAGGUAACAUUGAGAAAAAGCCAUUAAUGGACAAUCUGGACCUCGUUUUCCUAGCUGUUGAUGAGUUAUGCGAUGGAGGGUAAAUAAUGUAAUUUGUCAUGGGAUUUUCCCUAGGAUUAUUAUGGAGUGUGAUUCAACCGCUUUGGCUUCUCGUGUCGGGUUUAAGAGCGAGGAUAUGUCGAUCAGCGAGCAGACCAUGAGUCAAGUGAGUUGUUCACAUUUGUUUUGUGGUUCUUCACCGUUGUCUAACUCAAUGUUUUUGUUGGGAUAAGUGAAUUAUGUUCUAUCUCCUCCCACUCCUUCCAAGCACGUUUUUUGACUAGUCCCCGCUUUUGCCGACAUCCCUGUAUCCCUGCCUCCAACAAUUCAUUUAAUCGUAAUUAUCCUGAAAACUUCGAAGGGAUCAGAGGACGUUUGCCUCAAAGAUCUCUGCCAUUUUCAGGUUAUCAUUGACGGACAGAACUUCGUUUUUCAUAACUAAUGUCCUUCUAGUCGCUGUCAUAUCUAUGCACUGGGAACCCUGCUAUCUUAGCUGAUGAGGCGGGGUGAUGAUUAGAACUUUUCAUUUAACUGGUAUUGUGCUCUACAUAGGAACCGGUAGUGAUCUUUGAAUUGCUGCAUUCCUCUAGUAUCCUCAAAAAGCACUUGUUUUCUUCACACUAGCGGGCAUUUAUAAUACCGCGUGUUCCAAAAUGAUGUAGGGCAAGCUAGCUUAGUUUAAAAUUCUUUUUACCUACUAUUCUUUAUCAUGUAGAUAAACCUUUCUGCGAAGCAAUAAUGGGUAUUAUCUUGGCUUCGGACUUACAAAUAUGUGAUUAACUGCCACGUUCGCAUGGGCAGUGUCUGGUAAUAGUCUUGGAAGAAGCCUCAGCAAGUUACUGUUUUUGGUUCGGAAUACUUGGUACAGCUGUAAUCAUUCCUGAUCCAACAGGCCUCAAUGAUAUCGUGAAUUUUAACUACGGGGUACAAAAUGCAACAGCGAAUCUGGAGAGCUUGAGUCAUUCUCUCCUCCAGCAACAAAUGCCUAAUGCAAAGGUCCAACAGGGACUUUCGUGUCUUGGUAAACCGUGUCGACCCAGAUUUUGGGUUGACCUCCUCCUCGAUGCAUUCAGGUGGGCAACGACGCCGGACCGAGGGCAGAAGCACCGACCUUAUGAGGUGUACGAAGAACGACGUGUCUAAACUAACUUAGUCGUAUUUCUGGCCUGAGGUAUCCUCGCGAUGUUACCGCGGCCCUAUUGAAGGACUGAGCGGACGGAUAUGCGGUACAAGCGGAUCUUCGGGGCGAUGGAGACGUCGCAUCGGGUUCGUAGAUUCCUUCUAAGGAUCGUAAAAACUCUGCGAGCAGCAUUGAUUCUGGAGACGAUGUCGUCCUUACCCUGUCCAUUCGGCAUUCCAUUUGAAGCUGUCUCCUUAUUCAAAUUGCCAGUCAUUAAUUUCGAGAGGUGCUUUAUCCUGGUCAGGGAUAGGGCUUGAAAACACUUUGGUCAUCCCAUCGUUUAUGAAUAAACUGAACAAUUUACAUACUUCAUUCACCCGCUUGAGGUUAGCAGGGUGAUAUCGCCAACGUAGUCAAGACCAGCUAACCAGCGUUCGGUUACAAACGUAACACCGCCUACACCGUUUAGAACCCUUUGGACAAUCCAACCAAUGAUGUAAUGAAACAAAAUGGGCGACAUGAUGCAGCAUUGUCUAGCACCAGAUCGAAUAUUGAGUGGGUGGAACAGAUCUUUAUUUACCAGGACUCGCACAGUGGGGAACGAUAGUAAGUGUUGACUAAAGCAAUGAUUUUUUCCGACGCCAAAUAGUUCGAUUAUUCGCCGCAGGGACUCAUGAUUGACGGGAUCAAACGCAGCGGCGAAGUCAACAAAGCAGACGACCGUCGGUUGCAGGUAGUCAUGGCCGAAUUCAAGAACUCGCCGCAGUGUGAAUAUUUGGUCUGCAUAUUACUUUGAAGUCCGAUCUGUUUUGACAAUGGCUCAGAAAUACCAUCUGCCAUCCUGACGCCAAAAACUGGACGACAAAUGUCUCCGUAGUUGGUUGGGAAUACUGCUUACUUGUCUAUCCCGGCUGAGGGCCGUAAUACAAACGUUCUGUUUUUUUUUCAUGGGUCUCCAGUCUGGAAUCCUCGCAUACCGUCGUACAGCGACCACCAAUUAGUAAUUGAUAGCUAUUACGGCAAGGAUUUGAUGAAGGGAUUUGGCAAUUUCUGAUCAACCACUCCCUUUUUAUCCUUAAAUGUCACCUAUUUCUGUCAACGGGUCAUGACUCCGUGGCCAAGUACCAGAGCUUCCGCCUUAAUGACCAUUUGAAUCCAGGUUCGGACCUCGGGUUGCCCAGUUCGAGGUCGGGAUAUGGUCACCUAUUUAUGCCAAGCCAGAAAAGUCCACUCCGUGUUUCUUCUAUAAUAUUGCUCGAUUACUAAUUGCCUGUCGCAGUGCGACCGCUUGCAAGAACUCUAUUUCGCGGCACCAAUGUGAAGAGAGGUACCCAUAUUCUGUCCUGCGAUCAAUGUAAACUGCUGAACGCUAUUCAUGUCCGUGUUUUGUUUUUUUGGCCCUUGACAAGCGUAUAGGCCUUUGGUUGUAGUGCCACCUUCACUUCUUCACUUCAUCUUCCUCGAAAAAGGAAGAAAUUAGGGAAGAGUUCCUGAUGAAAAUGCCACAACCGAUCUCAUUACGCGAAUGCUUUAGGCCUUCUGUCUCUGAACAGCUAACCCCGCAGUCCUGUCAACAAACUCUGUAUGGACACAGACACAAGAACAUAGCGCGAACGUUUUCUGAUAUUUUUUACCGUACUGUCAAAAAAAUCAAGCAGGAAUGAACCAUGCGCGGAAUCAACCAGUUUUGCCUUGUCCUCUCCCUUCUAGAAGCCUCCAGAAUCGAUUUAACCUUGUCUAGAAGAUCAUGCUGAGGAUGUUUCUAGACUCAUAUCAAGACCGUAGGUAUAUGUAUGCGGUGAACAUUGUCCUGACCCUCAGAAUGAAUUCUUCACCCUAAAAUUUCUAAUCAUCAGCAAGUAUUACGAUCCACUUCGAAAUUGCCUCUCUGCUCACACCACCGGCGUCCCCAUUUUCGCUGACACAUGGCUCUGUCAUGUGUCUCGCUGAUGUGAUGAAAAGCCCGUUAGGUUCAUUAACACGCUUGUAUCCAGUUCUGUUUGCCGACGACGUCAAGUUGGAAGUAUAAAGACCUGGAUGAAUCGACCUCAGACGUAGUAACUUCCCGACCACUGUAUCAGUCAAUAUCUCGGUGCAGUUAAUUAAGCAGCAGUAUGGUACUGGUUGGACUAGUAUUAGUGAACAUUCUCACGAAUUUGAGCACAGGCCCCAGCGACGCAAUUCAGUGAGCCACUUCACCACAGCCUCGAUCGACAUAAGUCUCAGUGUAGGCCUUUGACUAAAUUUAUUGCUGAUGUCGCCUGGGACCUGUUUCGUUGUGCACUACUCGUACCCCUAAAGCAAGCUUAUUUGAAUGGGAUUGGAUUAAGAGUAAGUAGAACACAGAUUAGCGCAAUCCUUCCUCCCUCUCUCCUUCCCCAUCCGUAACUCGUCAAAGCAGACUAACCUCCUUAAAAAAGCUUUUAUUUAGAAAAGUUUUGCUAAAAAGAGUUGCAGUACUAGCAGGCAUAUCGCACAUAUGAUUUGUUGUACUCCUUUUAGUGCCUGACUUUGGCUUGCAUUACGAGCUCAUUUCAGUCAUCAGUCUAGCACCAUUGUUUCGUGCCCUAAUUGUCAAUGUGGUUUGCUACUUUUCCCAGGCGUGUUUGGCAAAAUUCCAUUUUUUCAAUAAAUUUGCAGGAAAUUGCGUUUGCGUGAAAUCAAGUAUAUAAGCGGAUGAGACGUUGGUUCAAAGAAAAUAGUUGUUAGGUGCAAGACGUUUGCCUAAAUAUGCGUAGUCUAAGGUCUGCUGGAUUCUUAAGCCUGCUUGCCAAACCUACCAAUUGCUUUCAAUAAAUUCAAAUGUCUACGAAGUGACCUGCAAACCUCAAGUACCUAUCAUCACGCAGAUAGUUUCAGACGUACAUACUCCUUACUUUCAAAUAUUAGCCCCCACGAAAACUUGCUCACCUCGACCCCUGAUCAAGUAGCUGCCCACGAUUCUCAUAUAGGUAGUGUUUCGCAGUCGACGACUGUUUGGUUACCCAAUCUUGAAGGGUGACGGCCCGGACUAAAUGCAGAGCCACAUGUCGCCCCCCUAGGUCAAAAGGUCUGGCAGCGUGUGCUAUGCCAGUAUCAGCAAAUCAUGACCCUUGCGGCCUGGUAUGCGCUGACAGUUCCCUGACACGUAAUUCCCUGCCGGUAGAUGCGCUUGCACUCCCGAUGAGUAUAUGGGUGGUAGGCAUGGCUACCCGGUCAUCCUCGUCCUUCUGACUCCUGUUGGGGUGUUGUUGUUGGUCACGUGUAUUUUGCAGACCAGGGGGGUAUGGUGGCAUGCCUAGGUGCGGGUCCGGCCGUUCCAGCCAUCUACACCCUCCUUCGCCUCGAUCUUCUUGACUGUCUGGACACCGGGUGCAGAUGGGGGGGGGAGUGUGCGGUAGAUGCUGCGCAAGUCACCAUUUUUGCUGCACCUUUCUGUUUAGCACACGAUGGAAUCGACGGUCGAACUGCCACACACGAUCCUCACUGUUGAGUGGGCAAAGAGUUUGCAAAAUAUGCAUUCGUACCGAGCUUUUCUUCCGACCAUUGGUCCUUUGUCUGUCACCGUUGCAAACGCCUGCACACCAUUUGGUAUGCGAAUCUGGGUCUACCCAGUCUCUAAUAAAAUAUUACCGUAAUGCCAGUACACCUGCGCAACUCUCUAUCGGAUGCUGUUGUGUCGGUGGGAAUUAUUUGCGUACCAACGAAAUCCACACGAUGAAGGCGUCCAUUACGCGACAAGCGAUUCACUCAAGGCGACUGUGAUAGGUGAUCGUCAUUUAAGCCAUGAAUAGGGACGAAUAGUCGAUUUGUGGGGACUUUUGGCUCUUAAUAGACGGAGAAUUCUUGAUCACCUAAACCCGGCGCUUUUUUCGAAGAAAGAUGGUUCGUUUUAUUAGUGUUAAUAAGUGGUGGUUCUUCUUCAUUGAACGCGACAGCCCGCACACCAUAUCCGAGGAUGAAAAUGGAGAUGGCGCUGCAUUUAAAAGUUCCCUUGUUAGGUCAAGACCAAUAUCUUUUUGAAGCGAGUCCACUCUGAUGCCUCUGAAGGCCGGUCUUUGCCACCCAGCUUUGAACUGCAAAGCUUCGCUUCGCGCACUUUUUUCCGCUUGAGUAGUAGCAUGAUCAAAUUUUCUAUUUUCCAAGGGACUUUUGAAGCGUAUUUUGACCAAAAAAUUGCAUUUACUCCUUCUUUCAGGCUCUGCAGGCGGCGAAGGAGCAAAUUAAAAUGUCUCUCCUGCGGUGA